AUGCCACCCAAAAACCCACCAAAGAAAGUAACCAAGCGUACAGCUAAACCUGUGCACCUUUCUGUGUCGCAAAAACUGGAACUUUUACGUAAAAUAGAUGGAGGAAUGAGUGUUGCCCAAGUCUGCGAGCUGUAUGGGGUGAAAAAACAGACAGUUUCGGACAUAAAAAAAGCUAGAGGAAAGUUAGAAAAUUAUGCAGUUAAAUUUGCUGUGUCGGGAAAGGGUGAUGCAACUAGAAAGCAUAUGAAAGACCCGAAAUGUGUUGAACUUGAUUUGGCAGUGUACAAGUGGUAUACCCAGGAGCGUGCAUGUGGGGUGGAAGUGAGGGGAGUGGAGUUGGCCGCUAGUGCUGCUAAGCUUGCUGCCCACAUGGGUAUUGAGUUCAAGGCCAGUGAUGGGUGGCUCUGGCGCUUCCGCAGGCGCCAUGGCAUCCGCAAUCUGGCUGUGACAGGUGAGGCUGAAAGUGCCGAUGCUGAAAUGAUUGAACCUUUCCGUGAUGAGUUGAUGAAACUUAUUAAUGAUGAAGAUUUAUCCAUGUCACAAAUAUAUAAUGUUGAUGAAACUGGUAUGAUGUGGCGGGCCUUACCAAGAAACACUCAGGCUGGGAUGCAUGAAAAGAAAGUGAAAGGAAAGAAGGUGAGUAAGGAACGCCUAUCAGUGCUUUGUGGAGGAAAUGCGUCUGGUACUCAUAGGCUUAAGUUGACAGUCGUGGGGAAGGCAGCUAAACCCCGGGCUCUCAAGGAUAUUAUGGACAAGUUACCUGUCCAUUAUUAUAACUCAUCUAAGGCAUGGUUCAACUCUCAUAUCUUUACUGAUUAUUUUCAACAUCACUUAGUUCCGGAAGUGAAAAACUAUCAAGAGAAAGUGCUCAAAAUAAGACCGGAUGACGUGAAGGCUUUAAUAUUGCUUGACAAUGCUCCGCCCACCCUUCCUCAGAUGUGUUAA